GGGAUUUGGGGAAUGCUGAUCAGUUUCAAAAUUUGAAUUUAUAUCGCACAAAAUGUCCCAAGAAGAAACUGAUAUAACUUUGAACCCUUAUUUCUCAGCCAUUGAGUGUUUUGAAAACUUGGAAUCCCUUUUCCACAAACAAAUUGUUGAUUUUUCCAAGAUUAAACAUGAACUACAGAACUCCUAUAAUAAAAUUGAAACUAUAAUGAUUACCGAAGAUUUGAAUUGUCCCUUUUUUGUAGAUUUAUUUCAGUUGAAAGCACAAAUCAUAGAACUAAUCAAAUUAGUGGAGACCAAAAUGAAACCGCCCCAAUUGAACCCGCACCAGCCUGACAUCCCAAAAAAAUCACACCAAAACAAGCAGGACACCGAAAAACUCCUAAACUUUGUCGAGAGCACCAUCGAAACCCCAAGAAUAAAUGGUCUCACAGAAAUAGCGGGGCUCUGGGAGGCCAAAAAACUCUUGAAGUCACUGUUAGUACUCCCCAGAAGUCAACCUCAGCUGUUCAUGAAUCGAAAAGCUUCAAACAGCGUUCUGCUUUUUGGUCCCCCUGGUACAGGCAAAACUCACCUAGUGCAUGCGUUGGCUUACGAGUCACGAGCUGUCUUGCAUUGCGUCAGUGCAGGGAAUAUUGUGUCUCCCCUUAUAGGACAAUCAGAGAAGAAUGUACAGUUUUUGUUCAAUCACUUGAGAAGCAGUAGCAAUUUUUCAAUGUUGUUUAUUGAUGAGGUGGACGGUUUUUGCAAAAGAAGGACAGACUCAGAACACGAGCAUUCUCGAAGGAUGAAGACUGAACUGAUGUGCCAAAUCAGCAGAAUGGAAGAAAACUCCAACAUGUUUCUGAUUUGCGCUACCAAUUGUCCUUGGGAUUUGGACCCCGCCUUUCUGAGAAGGUUUCAAAAACGGGUAUAUGUCCCCCUGCCGAAUAGAUCGGAAAGACAUGAUCUUUUCAGAUUGUUUACAAAACACAAUGACAUUGAGAUCAGUUCUAAUCAUUGGGAGUAUCUCAUCGAUAAAACUGAGGGGUUUUCUGGGUCUGAUAUUUCUGAUCUCAUACAACAGGCACUGAACAUUCCUAUACUGGAAUUGGAAGACACGAAGAUAUGGAAAAAUUGCCCAGACGAAUUUUAUGAACCAGUCACGACGGCGGAUGACUUUAAUUUGGAAGAGAUAAUUUGCUGUGAACUUAGUGACCUACCUGCAUGUUCUGUUAGAGCGAGAAAAGUGCAACCAUUAGAUCUCAUAAAUUGCUUAGAUAGCAUAACUGUGACAGUCAGCAAAGUUGAUAUCAAAAGAUAUGAAGUUUUCAAUAUGAAAUAAUGAAAACCAUGACAUUUUUUGAUAAAUUUGUUGUUUGUCUUCUAAAUAAAACACAAAUUAUGGAUAGCAAAUCCGAAAAACUAUCACAACAUUACUUGUUUAAACACUCAAUAUUGUACUUGCUUCAGACGAUUGAAUAAUUAUAGGAAUGGUAAUGAA